AUGGAUUGCACUCCUGCUCAGAAGGUCAGAUAUGGCACUCAUAUGCUGGCUAAGGAGGUUGAUGAUUGGUGGUUGGAGACGCUUUCUAGGUUGGAGUUUUCAGGCGAGGAAGUCACUUGGAAUGUGUUCCGUAGGGAGUUUCUGAGGAAGUACUAUCCUGAAGAUGUUCGGAGUAAGAAAGAGAUAGAAUUCCUAGAGUUGACGCAAGGGAACAAGUCCGUGACCGAGUAUGCUGCCAAGUUCACUGAGUUGAUUAAGUUUUAUCCUCACUUUGAUGGCGAAGGUGCUGAAUUUUCUAAGUGCAUCAAGUUUAAGAAUGGGUUACGCUCGGAGAUCAAGAAGGCUAUUGGGUACCAAAAGAUCCAUUUGUUUCCUGAUUUGGUUGACAGUUGUAGGAUCUUUGAGGAAGAUAGUAAUGCUCAUCACAAGAUGGUUAGUGAUAGAAGGGGCAAGAAUCAACAAAGUCGUGGGAAACCAUAUGAUGCUGGUAAAGGGAAACAAAGAGUUACUCAUGGUCAGAGGUCUAGUGGGGGAGAUGAUCCUGCUAGGAUUGUAUGCUUCAAGUGUGGUCAACCUGGUCAUAAGAGCAAUGCUUGUACUACUGAUGCGAGGAAGUGUUUCAGAUGUGGUAAGAUGGGACAUGCAAUGUCUGAUUGCAAGCAUAAGGACAUGGUAUGUUUCACGUGUGGCGAAGAGGGACACAUUGGUAGCCAGUGUCCAAAGAAGAAGGCACAAUCCGGUGGAAAGGUGUUUGCUUUAGCUGGGACUCCUACAGCUAGUGGAGACCGACUCAUCAGAGGUAUAUGUUUCAUUAAUAGUACUCCUUUAAUCACUAUUAUUAAUACUGGUUCUACUCAUUAUUUUAUUGCUUCUGACUGUGUUAAAAGAUUGGGUCUUAUGUUGUCUUCCAUGAAUGGAGAGAUGGUAGUCGAUCUUCCAGCUAAGGGAUCGUCUUUAAGGUUUUCUUCUCCUGAAGAAGAAGGAGUUGGCUUGUUAACUGGUAAGAAGUUGAGGAAAUUGUUGCAAGACGAAGCACAGGUGUUCUCGUUGAUGGAGUCAUUGUCUUUUGAGAAUCAAGUUAGAAUUGACGAGUUAAAGGUGGUGCGAGAAUUUCCUGAUGUGUUUCUUGAUGAAAUUCCUGAUGUAACUCCGAGAAGAGAAGUUGAGUUUGCGAUUGAUCUUGUACCUGUUAGUUUCCUUGGUCAUGUCAUUUAUGGUCAUGGAAUUGCCGUGGAUCCUUCUAAAGUUGAUGUUGUGUUACAACGAGAAGCUCCGAAAUCAGCUACUGAGAUUAGAAGCUUCUUGGGUUUAGCCGAAAGUUUCAAUGAGUUGAAGAAGAGGUUAACGUCGGCUCCAGUUUUGACUAUGCCUAAUCUGGGAGAGCCUUUUGUUGUGUACUGUGAUGCUUGUCUGAUAGGGUUAGGUGGUGUGCUUAUGCAGAAUGGUAAAGUGGUGGCUUAUGCGUCUAGACAGUUGAGAACUCAUGAAAAGAAUUAUGCUACGCAUGAUCUAGAGUUGGAUGCAGUGAGUGUUAUGUUGGGAAUGUUAAAGAUUAACAACGACUUUCUGGACAAUAUUAAAGAGGCUCAGAAGCUAGAUGUGAAGUUGGUGGAUUUGAUGGUAGGAACCGAUCAACUUGAGAAUGAUGAUUUCCAGUUAGAUGCGCGUGGUGUGUUGAGAUUUCGAGAUUGUAUAUGCAUUCCUAAUGAUGAAGAGAUUAAGAAAAAGUCAAAGAUCAAGCAUCAAAAGCCUACAGGGUUGAUGCAACCGUUAGAAGUUCCAGAAUGGAAAUGA